CGCGGGCGCGCGCAGGCGAAGCGCUCCGUGCACGUCCUGGUGGCCCGUGUCCUGGUGGCUAGUGUCCCACUUUUGAGGGGGGAGGGGCAUUCGGAGGAAGCACGGGCCCGGCGGAGGUCAUGUUUGUGGCACGCAGCAUAGCGGCGGACCAUAAGGAUCUUAUUCAUGAUGUUUCUUUCGACUUUCACGGGCGGCGGAUGGCGACUUGUUCCAGCGACCAGAGUGUCAAGGUUUGGGAUAAAAGUGAAAGUGGAGAUUGGCAUUGUACUGCUAGCUGGAAGACACAUAGUGGGUCUGUGUGGCGUGUGACAUGGGCACAUCCUGAAUUUGGACAGGUUUUGGCUUCCUGUUCUUUUGACCGAACAGCUGCCGUAUGGGAAGAAAUAGUAGGAGAAUCGAAUGAUAAACUGCGAGGACAGAGUCAUUGGGUUAAGAGGACAACUCUAGUGGAUAGCAGAACAUCCGUUACCGAUGUGAAAUUUGCUCCUAAGCAUAUGGGUCUUAUGUUAGCAACCUGCUCAGCAGAUGGUAUAGUAAGAAUAUAUGAGGCACCAGAUGUCAUGAAUCUCAGCCAGUGGUCUCUGCAGCAUGAGAUAUCAUGUAAGCUAAGCUGUAGUUGUAUUUCUUGGAACCCUUCAAGCUCUCGUGCUCAUUCCCCCAUGAUAGCUGUAGGAAGUGAUGAUAGUAGUCCAAAUGCAAUGGCCAAGGUUCAGAUUUUCGAAUAUAAUGAAAACACCAGGAAAUAUGCAAAAGCUGAAACCCUCAUGACAGUUACAGAUCCUGUCCAUGAUAUUGCAUUUGCUCCAAACCUGGGAAGGUCUUACCAUAUUCUGGCCAUAGCAACCAAAGAUGUGAGAAUUUUUACAUUAAAGCCUGUGAGGAAAGAACUUACUUCCUCUGGUGGGCCAACAAAAUUUGAAAUCCAUAUAGUGGCUCAGUUUGAUAAUCAUAAUUCUCAGGUCUGGCGAGUGAGUUGGAAUAUAACAGGAACAGUGCUAGCAUCUUCAGGCGAUGAUGGCUGUGUAAGAUUGUGGAAAGCUAAUUAUAUGGACAAUUGGAAGUGUACUGGUAUUUUGAAAGGUAAUGGGAGCCCUGUCAGUGGGAGUUCUCAGCAGGGAAACUCAAAUCCUUCCCUAGGUUCAAAUAUCCCAAAUCUUCAAAAUUCAUCAAAUGGAUCUUCUGUUGGCAGAAAGCACAGCUGAGUACCAGCUAACUGGAGUAACUUUGCUGUUUUGCUGCUUGUUGCAUGCACACAGGAAUGGAGAGCGAGCUCCUUUUCCCCUUCCCCAGCGCCAUUUGACCUCUCCCAAGAUACACCAGCAGCCUGCUUACUACUAAACGCAAUCCAAAAGGCCUUUAAAAAUACAAUGUAUAUCAUUUUUUUGUACUAGCCAGUCUAUUGACACUAUUUGAAACCUUUGAAAAUAUAAAUGGAGAGGCUUUUUGUUGAGACAUUGUCACCAAAACAAUUUUUUGAAAUGUUCCUGAAAUUUACCUGGGUUUUAAGAUUAAAAGAAUUGUUACCAUCCUUAUAAGUAGUUGGGAGGAGGGAAAAUACCACUUUAUUCUAUUUGGAGAAUAUAGGCUUAUUUUGUUUUCUAAAACAGGCUAAAAUGAUGAAUUUUUAUAAUUUUAAUUUGAAGAUUAAAUAUUUUUCAAAAAGAUUGUUUUGAGUGCUAGUUUACCUUUUGUAGAAUUGGUUUAUAGAUGAUAUUCAGUACAACUCUGUCAUUUCUUUGUAAUAUUUUAAAAGUAUUAGUAAUGGAGAGAAGUAGUAGUAAAGUAACAGAAGUGAGGGAAGUAGUAGUAAAAUUAAAUUGUACAGUUUGUAGCCAAAUUAAAUAUUUGGUAUUGCUUCAUUUAUAAUUUGGUAGUAAAAUGAAAGUACUUUUGGGAGUUUUCAGUUUAUAUUCACUAAAGAGAUAAAUGUUUCUAAUAUGUGCUUAUAUGUUUUUGUGGUGUGAUUCCAUGGCUUAAGAUUUCCUUCAGGUCAAAAUUUGGAAACAUACUAUAAGAGCAGCAGUUAAAAUUUUGCUGAAAUUGUGCAUGCACAUUCACUUCCACAUUCCAUGUCCCAGGAUUUUCUUUAGUUGGCUGCUUCAUUUAGUUCAUAACCUGUAGAACUCUGACCUCGAUAACAAAGCUUUAAAUCUUUACUAAAAUGCAUAAGUAUUACGGGUAAGUUAUAAAAUGGUAGAAUAAUAAUAGGACAUAUUCUUUGAGCCUUUUUAGUUAUCAAAAUUUUGUUCUGUUCUAAGGUUUUACAGAAAAAUAGCUAAGAGUAUUCAAAGACUGUAUUUCUUCAAAAGCAUAUUGCAAUAUCUGGCCAUGCUAUGUAAAAGUAUAUUUGAAUUGGUUCUUAGUAUCAUGUUUGCACUAAAAAAUGUACGUCUGCUGCUGCUACAGAUGAACAUUGCUUAGAAUAAAGAAAAAGCUUAUUAGAUUUAUAAAUUUACAGGACUAUCAAAUGUUUUGGAGAGGUUAGAAAAAUGUCUUAAAUUAUAAAAUUAAUGUCUUUUUUGUAACAUACUGGUAACUUUUUAAACAUUUUAAGUUUAACAGAUUGUAUUUUUUUCUUUCAAAUUUUUAUGCUUGCUUAAGCAAGCUUGAUUUGAGUAAGGGUCUUGAUUUUUGCUAUUAUGUUGUUAGUUUUGGCAUGAAUAUACUAAAGCUUUUUUUUUUUUUUUCCAGCAUGUGUUUUCUCCUCUUUGGUUCUCUUUGUAUUUACUACUUUUCUCUUUUUCUUCUGUGGUUUUUUUUUCUUUUUUGUUAUCUGUUGUUUUGUUUUGGUGUUUUGUUUCUGUCUUCAUUGUUUCAGGUAUUUCUUUACCCCUCUGGAUUCCCCACAGGCUGGAUCGAGAUGGUCCAGUUAUGCCCAGCUCCUUCCUCCUCCUCCUCCUCCUCCUCCUCUUCCUCCUCCUCUGGUAGAGCACUCUUGCGAUGCUGACACUGCCAACCUCCAGUAUCCUCACCCUCGCAGACGAUCUCUCUCUCGGCCUCUUAAUCCCUUACCUGAGAACGAAGGGGUUUAAAACUGACUUAACACUUAAAGGCCUUAUUCCAGUGCUUUGUAGAUGCUUUCAUUCCUGGCUUUUUGUUUUUCAUUUUCUUUCAGAAGAUUUUUCUGAUUUAGGGCCUGUCUUACAUGUAUUACAACCAGAACACAGUGUUUGGAACCUAAAUGUUUGUGCUUCUGCAUCAAAGGAACAUUUUCUUUAUUGGUUGGUAACCUUUGAGGAAAUAAGAUAUGUACAUGUUACAUUAACUGUGAGAGUUACACCCAGGAGCUUCAAAGUGCCUGUUCUGUAAAUUUUAUUUUGAACUAUUACCAUGGUGUUAAGUUUCUUAUAGUUUGUCAUACUGGUUAAUGUGAAAGCAUAUCAUUAUAAAGUUCACUCUGCCUUUGAGACAUAUUAAGAAAUGUUUUUAAUUUUACAGGCUAAUGUUGAAAUUUACAAGUUUGUAAAAUAAAUCAUUCCUGUGUAUAAAGCAGCAAAACAUAA